AUUUAAACCGAGACUGUUAAUUCUUUGUGACAAGAUGGGACUUUUGUGACUCUUUUCUUUUAAUUUAUUAUUAUUAUUUUUUUUUACAAGGGGAAGUAUUAAAGUAUGUUAAUAAAAAUAAUAAUAAUAUAAUAUAUAGUUUAGAUAAGUUCUGGCAACAGUGAGUGUUGUCGUCAUCAGGAGAUCGUGCUUCGCGAUACUGUCGUUCAAAAGAAUAGCUAUAGUUUGUAAUUCCAAUAAAAGCAUCGUAUUUUUGCUCUGCUAUUCGUUUUUCUCUUUAUUUUUAGAAAUACCUUUUUAGGUUAUGUAUUUUUAAGAAAUACUUUUUUUAGUAUUAUCAGACACUUCAAUGAUAUUAAAAUAUUGUAAUUGUUAUUUUGCGUACAUAUAUUUAACAAGAACUGGCCAGUAAAACUGAAAAAUUUACUGUUCUUUAAAUGGAAAAAUUAUUGCAAACAGAAUUACGGAACUUAAUUAAAAAGAUCUUUAGUUUCAAUCAUUUAGUCACGAUCAUCUGCACCUCAGGACAGCCAGACAGGAAAGGGAUAAGCUAUGUUGACUGCCGAAACGAAAGACCCGGCUUCGAAUCCCGGAGAAGGCACGGAUGUUUGUAAAUGUAUAGAGACUGUGCGACAUGGGGGCACUCAAAAUAUGCAGCGAGUAGAAAGUUUUUUUCAAGAGGUUGGUGUUAAUGAAACAGAGGGUGGGAGGCACUCGGACUUGUUCCCAGUCUUUCAAAACUGGGGCAGAACUGAGCAAGGUCGGAUUGUCACCAUCAUGUUACUGAAAGCUGUGGCCAACGAUAGACCCGAUCUAGUACUUCUUGUCGGGAUAAUAUCUGAUUCAGACGAGUUAUAUUAGUAACAAGAAGAAUCUGCACCUCACCCGCAGUUUUUAUGUCUAAACGAUGAAUACAUGUGGCAACACUAAUCUCGAGCUGUUAUGAUUUUUCGGCGGUUGAGAGUGAAGCAUUCGAUUUUCGUUUUCUAAUUUUUUCUCAAAGUUCUUCAUUUGACGAAAUUCGAAUGGAAUUUAAUAUUACUCCAUUUUUGAAUGAUGUGGCUCAGCAUAUUUCGAACAGACCUUUCCUAGUUAUAAUGAUUAUUAUUGCAAGUUAUCUGCUGGUUCGACUGUGCCUAAUGGAUAGGAAAACUAUGAGUCCCUUUUUAUAUGUUUGCUAAUUAUGGUAGGGAAUGAAAAUUUGUUCAUGCUGUUUGGAUGGGACUCUGUUUCUGGUUUUUGUUGUCAAGCAUAUUGAAGAUCACGAAUUGAGUAUCAAUUAAAUAUGAAAGGUUGAUGAUCUUAUAUAGGAUAAUAGUAAUUGACAGUGGAAUCCAUUAUGUGACUACACAGAGAUCUGCUGUAAAAAUGGAUACAUAUCACAAUCCUUUCUUUUUUGAUGUAAAUAUUCAGAAAGCAAACUACUUAGGUGUAGAAUGUACAUUAAGUUGUGAAAAAGAUUGCUAUGUGCUUGCUGUUUGGGGAGUUCCUAUAUAUCAGCUCUUUAUACUGUUGAAUGAAAGCUGGUCUAGUCUAAAAAAAGCUAUCAUAAGUCAUGUUCAGUGUGAAAAGUUCAGUACCAAAUGCCUCUGCUCAGCUGACCCUCUUUUAUUAAUUGCAGGGGAUAAAAAAGUGAUUGAAUUUAAGCCAAGAUGGGAUGUUGAUGAAUCGCAAUUUGAAACAAAUGUUCCAUCUUCAAGGCAGACAUAUCCCUUUGUUGUCAUUAUGUUAUUGCAGAAAGCUGCUAACGUGAAUCAACAUUUGGUGGUGGCAAUGGCGAAUGUUGUUCAUGUUUCUGAUAAUUUACUAAAAUUUAAAUCUCAGCUGUAUGGGCAGUAUGUGAAACUUUCAUCUGGUCCUGUUGGUUCUAUAAAGAAAAUUUUUCUCUCUUCACCUGAGAUAUCACAUUCAGAUGGUGAGCCUUUUGUUCUUUGCAUUGCAUGUUAUCACAGAGCAGUCUCACCUGUUUUUCUGCCUUGUCGUCAUGCUUGUGUCUGCAGUGUUUGCUCUGAAUUUUGCAAAACCUGUCCAGUGUGUCGGGGACCAGCCUACUUUUAUUUUGAACUACUUGAUGCUUCUAGAAGUAAUUAAUUCUAAUUGUGAUAUAUUCAUUGACUUGAAUUUACAAAGGUGUUUCAUUUCAUAAACAAUUUUUGUGUAAUUUGUUUUUCAUAAAUUGUAAAAUAUUCAGUUGCUUCAUAUUGGAGCAAGUGUUGUUAAACCAAGAUGGUGCUUUUAAAUAUUUAUAUAGCAUGUAUUUGUUGUUUGAAUAAAUGUAUUUAACAAAAACAUUCAAA